UUACAUGCUUUAUUUUGUAUUUUAAAUUACUAAUUUAAAUUUCAUUGAUGUGGGGGGAGUCCCUUAGGCACUGGAAGGCGGUGGUGGUGUCCGGGAAGUUUCUGCACCAUGAGCUCUAUCGGUACCGGGUAUGACCUGUCAGCCUCUACAUUCUCUCCUGAUGGGAGAGUUUUUCAAGUUGAAUAUGCUAUGAAGGCUGUGGAAAACAGUAGUACAGCUGUUGGAAUCAGAUGUAAAGAUGGUGUUGUCUUUGGGGUAGAAAAGUUAGUCCUUUCUAAACUUUAUGAAGAAGGUUCCGACAAACGACUUUUUAAUGUUGAUCGGCAUGUUGGAGUGGCAGUAGCAGGUUUGUUGGCUGAUGCUCGUUCUUUAGCAGACAUUGCAAGAGAAGAAGCUUCCAACUUUAUAUCUAAUUUUGGCUGUAACAUUCCAUUAAAACAUCUUGCAGACAAAGUGGCCAUGUAUGUACACGCAUAUACACUUUACAGUGCUGUUAGACCUUUUGGCUGCAGUUUCAUGUUAGGGUCUUACAGCGUGAAUGACGGUGCACAGCUCUACAUGAUUGACCCAUCAGGAGUUUCAUAUGGUUAUUGGGGUUGUGCUAUUGGCAAAGCCGGGCAAGCUGCAAAGACAGAAAUUGAAAAACUUCAGAUGAAAGAAAUGACCUGCCGUGAUGUUAAAGAAGUUGCAAAAAUAAUUUACAUAGUACAUGAUGAAGUUAAGGAUAACGCUUUUGAACUAGAGCUCAGCUGCGUUGGUGAAAUAACUAAAGGAAGACAUGAAAUUUUUCCAAAAGAUAUAAGGGAAGAGGCAGAGAAAUAUGCUAAGGAAUCUUUAAAGGAAGAAGAUGAAUCAGAUGAGGAUAAUAUGUAACAUUUACUUCAGCAUCUAUUUUAAAUUUCUCUUAUAGUCCCAUGUAACUCUUUAGCCCUGUGGAGUCUUACCUACCCAGUGACCAGUUUUCAUUAAACUUUUGUGUUCAAAUAAACAAACAAAUAAAUAAAUAAAUACAUUUCAUUGUGGUUAAAUAAU